GCAGCCGAGCCGCCUGCUUGAAUGUAGCCGCUCGGCUUCAGGUCACGCCAAAGCAAGGAGCAUCGCGGCCUUGUCCGCCAAAAGUUUUUUUUUGGUUCGGGGGGGGGAAAAGGGGGUGAGGGGGUGGUGGUUGUUGUCGUCGAAGAAGAAGCGGCAAUCUCAGCUGGGCAGCGCGCAGACUGACUGAACGAGCGGAGCGGAAGGGGUGGCUGCUGCGGUUCCGUUCCUGCCUCUUGCGGAGAGAGAGUGAGUGCUCGUUGGUUAUCAGGAGCGGCAGCGCCUGCGAGGCCCCACGCCGAGGCCUCCGAAGUCUCGAGUACCGGACCGUGCGACCCAGUGUCAGCGAGCGGCCUGCGGCUUUUUUUUUCCCGCCCAUCCAUGUCUCGUUUCAGACGAAAAGAUAGAGACAGAGACCGUGACAAAGAUUAUGAUCGUUCAAAGGACCGAGAUCGGGAUCGGGACAGGGAUAGGGAUCGUGAUCGAGAUCGGGAUCGAGAUCGGGAUCGGGAUCGCGAGAAAGAUUCAAGGAACUUGUCUAAUCCAGCUUUAACUGCAGGAGGCAAUAUGCCUCUCAUUACAACUCCGGCACUUCACCAACAGGCUAUCAAUCCAUUUACCAACUUGCCCCACACCCCACGCUAUUAUGAGAUCCUGAAAAAGAGACUACAGUUGCCUGUGUGGGAUUACAAGGAAAGGUUCAGUGACAUCCUGACUAAACACCAGUCCUUUGUGCUUGUCGGUGAGACUGGCUCUGGAAAAACAACACAGAUUCCUCAGUGGUGUGUUGACUACGUGCGAGCCGUGGUUGGACCCAAGCGGGGAGUGGCCUGUACUCAACCCAGGAGGGUGGCAGCUAUGAGCGUUGCUCAGCGAGUGGCUGAUGAAAUGGAUGUGAUGCUGGGCCAGGAGGUGGGCUACUCCAUUAGAUUUGAAGACUGCAGCAGUGCAAAAACAUGCCUGAAGUACAUGACUGAUGGUAUGUUGCUUCGAGAAGCCAUGAAUGACCCUCUUCUGGAACGAUAUGGAGUCAUCAUCCUUGACGAAGCACAUGAGCGUACAUUAGCAACAGAUAUCCUUAUGGGUGUAUUGAAAGAAGUUGUGAAGCAGAGAUCAGAUUUGAAGAUUAUCAUCAUGAGUGCCACACUUGACGCAGGCAAGUUUCAGGUCUACUUUGAUAGUUGCCCACUGCUUACAAUUCCUGGACGUACGCAUCCUGUAGAAAUAUUCUAUACUCCAGAACCAGAGAGAGAUUAUCUGGAGUCAGCGAUCCGAACAGUUAUUCAGAUACAUAUGUGUGAAGAAGAGGAGGGAGAUGUUCUUCUUUUCCUCACAGGUCAAGAGGAAAUUGAUGAAGCUUGUAAAAGGAUAAAACGAGAAAUUGAUGACCUAGGACCUGAAGUUGGAGACAUCAAGAUCAUUCCACUUUAUUCCACACUUCCACCUCAACAACAACAAAGGAUAUUUGAGCCCCCACCACCUAAAAAACCAAAUGGCGCCAUAGGAAGAAAGGUUGUUGUGUCUACAAAUAUUGCUGAAACUUCACUCACUAUUGAUGGUGUUGUGUUUGUGAUUGAUCCAGGCUUUGCCAAACAGAAGGUAUAUAACCCAAGGAUCAGAGUUGAAUCGUUAUUGGUGACUGCUAUCAGCAAAGCAUCUGCACAGCAAAGAGCUGGCCGUGCUGGUCGUACCAGACCAGGGAAGUGCUUUAGACUUUACACCGAGAAGGCGUACAAAACUGAAAUGCAGGACAAUACAUACCCUGAAAUUUUGAGGUCCAAUCUGGGUUCUGUAGUUCUUCAACUGAAGAAACUUGGCAUUGAUGACUUGGUACAUUUUGACUUCAUGGAUCCACCAGCACCUGAGACACUGAUGAGGGCCUUGGAGCUUUUGAAUUAUCUGGCUGCACUGAAUGAUGAUGGCGAUCUGACUGAGCUUGGGUCCAUGAUGGCAGAAUUCCCAUUAGAUCCACAGUUGGCCAAGAUGGUUAUUGCCAGCUGUGAACACAACUGUUCAAAUGAGAUUCUCUCCAUCACUGCAAUGUUGUCAGUCCCACAGUGUUUUGUUCGCCCAACGGAAGCUAAGAAAGCAGCUGACGAAGCCAAGAUGCGGUUCGCACAUAUAGAUGGAGAUCACCUGACCCUGCUCAAUGUUUACCAUGCAUUCAAGCAGAAUCAUGAGUCGGUUCAGUGGUGCUAUGACAACUUUAUUAACUACAGAUCCUUGAUGUCUGCUGACAAUGUACGUCAACAGCUAUCACGAAUCAUGGACAGAUUCAACCUGCCUCGGAGGAGUACAGAAUUCACGAGUCGGGAUUAUUAUAUAAACAUUAGAAAGGCGCUGGUUUCUGGCUACUUUAUGCAGGUGGCUCACUUAGAACGCACAGGCCAUUAUUUGACGGUGAAAGAUAACCAGGUUGUGCAGCUUCAUCCUUCUACUGUCCUGGACCAUAAACCUGAGUGGGUGCUCUACAAUGAAUUUGUACUCACCACUAAAAACUACAUCCGGACCUGUACAGAUAUCAAACCUGAAUGGUUGGUGAAGAUAGCUCCUCAAUAUUAUGAAAUGGGCAACUUUCCUCAGUGCGAAGCCAAACGACAACUGGAACGUAUUAUUGGCAAACUUCAGUCAAAGGAGUAUUCCCAAUAUUGAAGUUGUGCUGUCGUAGGAGGCUAGGCAAAUGCAGAUUUCAUAUUGAAGAAAUAUGGACUUCAGAUUCUGCCCAAAUAUAACAAAUUUAAUUCGUCUAUUAAAGAAAACCCAUGAAUGUUUUCUUUCAAAUGGCUGGACAAGUCCUCACUUAUUUUUUAAAAAAAAAAUCCUCGUUUAUGGCAGGUUGUGUAACACUCUGUUGAGCAACAUAGUAUGUUGCUGGUGUUAUGUGGCUUUUUUUAUUGUUAUGUUGACUUUUGUCAUAGACCCUGUUGGGUUUUGAAGGGUUGGGGUGGGCAAAGGUUUCAGAAUAAUGCUGUAACUGUUAAUUUUUAAAGUUUCAUCAUUAUUACAAUAUUGUCUGAAUUUCUCAUAGUGAUUCAGAGUUGGCAAGUAAAGUAUGUACUUCUCGACCACAUACUGCAUGAUUCUGCCCAUGUUGACAUUCUUAAUAGAAAGUUGUAGCGAUUCAAAGAACAUGGAAAACUUACAUAUGUAGGCACCUCUGAAUUUUCCCAACACCAAUUUUUGACUUAAAUAAAGGUAUAGUGACAAGUUAAAUAUUGUGUAAAC